AUGUCGACUACCACUGUAACUGCACAAGCCAAUCUACGGCGCGAGGCUAGCAUCGAGCUCGCCUCCAGCAAUGGGGACGGAUUACCUGAUAGAACCUACGAUUCUGUGUACACAAGGUUCAGCAAUGUUCAGAAGAGUUCCAUGACAGCGUUCAUCGCCUUUGGUGGCUUGAUGGCUUCAAUGUCAACGACCAGCAUCCUCGCAGCUGUGCCAGAAGUUGCAGAGAGCUUCCACACUACUCCAACUGCUAUCAACAUAAGCAAUGCAGUGUACCUGGUGUUCGUUGGACUCUCGUGCUGUUUUUGGGGUCCUUGGGCAGAUGUAUUCGGACGCAAGUCGGUACAGCGUGGAGCCUCUCUCGGCUGGUUUGCAGGUGGCUGCAUGCUAGGUCCGGCUUUUGGGCCUCUGGUAAGUGGUGUCAUUGUCACCUAUACGUCCUGGCGCAUCAUCUUCUGGCUCCAAGCGGGCCUCGCUGGCAUUGGCCUGGUACAGGCCAUCUUUAUCCUGCAUGAAACCCUACAGCAGCUCCGAUAUAAGGAACUGCGGGGAAAAGGAUUGUAUUAUGGGAUGGUUAAACUAUGGGAGUGGUCUAAUCCCUGGACUGUGUUCAAGUUAUUUGGACAGAAGAACUUAUUCUGUGUAUGUUUGGCCUCUGCAACUACAGCAUGGAAUAUGUAUUCUCUGCUCACACCUAUCCGAUUCGUCCUCAAUCCAAGAUUGGGCUUAACAAGCCCUCUUCAAUCGGGGCUACUCUAUUUGGCCCCUGGUGCCGGGUAUCUUCUCGGCACACAAAUAGGGGGUCGCUUGGCUGAUCGAGUCGUCAAGUCAUGGAUGAUUAGAAGAGGUUUUAGACUGCAAGAGGAUCGUCUCCGUGCCGGUAUGCUUACACUUGGAGUAAUCCUACCUGGAACAACUCUACUCUAUGGUUGGUCUGUAGAGCGCAGCAUUGGCGGCGUGGCUCUCCCAGGUAUCUAUAUUAUGCAACACCAGAGUGGAAAGGCAUCUGCUAGUCAUUACCUCAUGCGUUAUAUCUUUUCUGCUGUAGCGACUGCGUCCUGCUUGCCCUUAAUAGAGGCAGUUGGAGUUGGGUGGACGGUAACAGUCUCUUCUGCUAUGGUUUGGAUGGGUUCAGGGCUUAUACUGCUCACUAUUAUGAAAGGAGAACGAUGGAGAACUGUAUAA